AUGAAAGCAGAAUUACAAAGAUCAGAGCUUGUUUGGAGAAAUCUGAGGCUUACUACAAAAGGUAGCAACGGGACAAACAAAACUGUUCUGAAGGGAGUCAGCGGUUCCAUAGAACCCUCAACGAUGACGGCACUUAUGGGAACGAGCGGGGCAGGAAAGACUACUCUCAUGAACUCACUAGCAGGAAGAAUUCCAUCUAGCAUGGUUCUUAAGGGUGAAAUCCUUUUGAAUUCACACCCGAGAUCAAAAGACACAUGGCCCAACACUGUUGGAUAUGUAGAACAGGAAUUCCAUGGAUAUGAAUACCAAACGGUUUUUGAGACUCUCUUGUUUGCAUCUAAAAUAAAGAUGAGAUACGAGGAGGUAGAGCAAAAGAUAAAGAACAGAAUAGAGGAAAUAAUAGCACUGCUAGGGCUUAAUAAUGCUAAGAACACAUAUAUUGUAAAUCUAUCUGGAGGAGAAAGGAAACGUGUUUCUAUAGGAGUUGAGUUGCUAGGAGAUCCCUCGAUACUGUUCUGUGAUGAGCCCACCAGUGGAUUAGAUUCAUUUAAUGCUUUGAACAUCCUCAGUCUGCUCAAGGAUUUAGCAAAUAUGGGAAAGACGGUUCUAGUCACGAUUCACCAGCCAUCCUAUGAUAUGAUAAACUUCUUCGAUAAGUUUAUAUUGAUGUCUAUGGGAAAGGUGAUUUAUGAUGGGGAUGUCAGAGGUUGCAUCGAUUUUUUUGAGAGCUGUGGAUAUCGACUACCUGAGCUUACAAAUCCGAUGGACUUCUUUUUGAAGACUAUAAGUCUUGACACAAGAACCAAAGAGUUACAGGGAAGAAGCCUGGAUAUUAUUACUCAUAUAAGUAAUGAAUGGCGCAGGAAGGGAAAGGAGCCUGUACCGAAGCUCUGUGACGAAGUUAGAAUAGAAAACGCAGCAAGAAGAUCAUCGCUUGGGUUUUCCCUUCUUCUAAAUAGGAACUUGAAGAACUACAUCAGGAAUGUUGAUUAUCUGAAGAUCAAGGGCUUUCAAAAGGUCUUUUUUAUGCUUGUGUUUGGCCUCGCAUAUUUGCAAAUGGGAUACUCUAUAGAAAGCAUAUAUACCAGAAUAGGAGGAAUAACAUUUAUUCUGACAAACGUACUUUUUGGAGUGUCCAACCCUAUAUUCAAUGUUUUUUCGUCUGAAAGACAAGUGAUACUUAGAGAAAGGAGAUCUGGGAUGUACUCUGGAAUUGUCGCAUUCAUGGCCAAAUACCUCUCUGAGACAUUCAUCAACUUUCUGAUAGAAAUGCCCUAUGUGGUAACAAUAUACUGGAUGAUUGGGUUAAGCUCGGACGUAAGCACUUUUUUGGUAUUUUUAACCAUUAUGGGCUCUCUAAUACUGUUUAGUAUAGCAUACUCACUGGCUAUCGGUGCAAUAACAUCUACACAAAACAACUCUCAGGUACUGGGAUCGAUGGGACUUCUUGUCUUUCUAAUCUACAGCGGGUCUUUCAACAAUCCAAACACCAUACCCAGCUGGCUUAGAUGGGUAGUUUGGGUUUCGCCUAUGUAUUAUGCAACGAAGGCGUCGGUUCAGAAUCAAUUGAAUGGAGUUGUAUUCGAAAGUUCUAACAUACGGAUCACAGGAGAGGAGCAGAUCAGGAUUAGGGGGCUUGAUGGAACAGGAGUACCACUUUGCAUAUUCAUUCUCCUUGGAAUGAACUUUUUCUGGAUUGUAUCUGGUGCCUUGGCACUCCAUCUCACCACAAAAAACAACAUGAAGAUGGAAUUAAAUGACAAGGAAGAGGUAUGA